UGUUGAUAAUGUUGGCGAAUAUCCUUUCCCUUGUAGUUGUUACUCUAUCGUACUUUUGACGCAUAACUAAGCGCAGUUUGAAAUGGACAUAUCCGAAUAUGAGAAAGACAAUACGAAGAAUUGUCUCUUAAAAUCGUCUGUCCCGUGCUUGACGAAGAAUGAACCAUGUUGGCUCGGUAUUGACGAAGCAGGCCGCGGACCAGUUCUCGGUCCAAUGGUGUAUGGCAUUUGCUAUUCCCCAAUCUCUAGAAAGGAGGAGUUCACAAAGAACAGUUUUGCAGACUCUAAGACAUUGACGGAGGAGCAACGAGAACAGCUUAUGGAAAAGAUUAACGAAUGCUCUGAAUGGAUAGGUUGGAUGACAGAUAUUUUAUCACCUGCAUUUAUCUCAAAUGCAAUGUUAAGAAGGUCAAAGUAUAACUUGAAUUGGAUUUCCCACGAUUCUGCGAUAGGAUUGGUGAAAGCUGCACUGCAAGAUGGAGUGCAAGUUGAAGAGGUGUAUGUGGAUACGGUGGGAGAUCCAUCCAAAUACCAGCAGAAACUGCAAGAGAAUCUCCCCGGCCUAAAGAUAACUGUUGCGAAAAAAGCUGAUUCACUGUAUCCCAUAGUGAGUGCAGCCAGCAUAUGUGCCAAGGUUUGCCGAGACAAGGCAGUGAAAGGCUGGAAAUUUCCAGAGACACUUGAUGUUGAUGACAUUGACAAUGUCAGCAUUGGCAGUGGCUACCCAGGAGAUCCACAGACCGUGAAGUUCCUGUCAAAUCCUGACCCCGUGUUUGCCUUCCCGCAGUUUGUGAGGUUCAGCUGGUCAACGGCAUCAAAGAUUAUAGUGAAAAAAUGUGUGGCAGUGUCGUGGGAGGAUGAUGAGGACGUUGAGGAUCAGGUCUCCACACCAUCUGUGCUAUCCUACUUUCAACGCACAGCAAACCUAUCCUCUCAGCACCAUAAGCCUCACAAGUACUUCAGGGAGAGACACUUGUCUCCACUGACUGAUAUUUAGGUGUUCUCUAAUAGCACCUUGACUGCUUUCUCAAUAUAUUCCACCUGGGCACCGGUCAACUCGCCUCGCCGGCUGGUUGAGUUGGCCGAGUUGAUGCGUGGGUCGAGGUGACUACGGACGAUUCCACCUAGGUAGCUUACCAUGGGUGGGUGGGGGUGAUGCAACCUUGGCACAUCCUUGCUCAGAGGUGGCAUCUUUCGGCAGCCUUUCACCUGUCCUGGCAGCCUUCUAUAGGACACCACUUACAGGGAGCCUGCUACAGUUACCACCUAGGCAUAUUGCUGCACACUUACACCAGGUGCCUAUGGGUGCCGAGGUUAGUUUUCCUCUGCUCUAUUUCCAUAAAGGGAAUAGAAUAUGUGCAUGUGAGAAUAGGUGUAAUGGAUGGGUGGAUUCUGAUAAGUUUAUUCCGGUGUCCACUUGCAUUGCAGAGCCUUGUUGGAGAGGGGUCGAUUGAUGAAGGCCGAGUGUAUGCAUGACGUCAUUGCGUGGGAUAUGCUGGGGGCAUUUGUACAUCCUGUUUUAUCAUGCAAUUAAACCUAUGAAAAUGUUAGCUCGUACAUCGAUUUAUGCAAUGAGAGGCUUAAAGUGCUUCACCAUCGUCCGUUCAACAGGUUUUGCUGACGACGGCGACACGUGUAAAUUAGUUGCUCGACACAGUCAAAUGCCAUGUUUUUUGCAUGAUUUUGAUAGUGAAAAUAUCAAACGUGAGUGAUGCAUUUUGAGUAAUAUGUCUUGCUUUCAGGUUCUUACACGUGUGCCAUUGUAGAUUUUGAUGAGUAAUGGAAGUGAUUACUGUUCAUUUUAAUUAAGAUAGACUUGGGUAAAGUGUUAUUAUGAAAUGUUAUCAUGCGAAAUAAUGAGGAAAUAGACUGCUAUUUGUAGAAACCGUG